AUGACAUUUGAUGAAUUUGAAAUUCUUAUUAAAAAAAUGAAAUUAAAUUUAAAAAUUUUAUCAUUAGAUAUUAAAGAUGAAGAUAUGUCAUAUCUUAAUGCUAAACGAUGGGAAAAUUUUCUUCAAGAAAAUUUAUCAAAAUUAGAAAAAUUUUAUUUUAAAAAAAUGGUACAUUUUUCGGAAAAUUAUACAACACCAAUGUAUUUAGGAGAACAAAAUGAAUUUAGUUCAACAUUUUGGAUUGAACGUCGAUGGAUAUUUAAAGUUGAAAAUGAUUUUGAACAUUUAAUUUAUUCAAUUCAACCAUAUAAGAAAAAAUGGUAUGAAUAUGGUUCUAAAUCAAACCAAUUAUCAAAAUUUGUUGAAUUUGAAAUAGCUGAUGUGUCACCUGGACAUUGGGUAGAAUCAAUCAGUAUUAAGGAUCAUGUUUAUCAUGCAUUGACUACUACACAAAUCUGUCAUUUACAAAUCUCAACAGCAAUUUCUCUUGAAGAGUUAUAUAAAAUUUUAGUUCUUUUACCAGAUAUUGAAACAUUAACAUUAUCUCGAUUAUCAUUUACUGAUCCAACAUCUAUGAGUGAUGAAGAACGUGAAGCAUUAUAUUUAUUAUUUCAUGAAAAUCAUUUUCAAAAAAUUUCUUUUAGUGAUGUUGAACAAAUGGCAGAUAUUUAUUUUUUAAUGAUUAUUUGUCCUCAUGUUAAUCAUCUUCAUGUUCAUUGUAAAGAUUAUAAACAUGCUGAAUCAUUUUUAGGAUUUAUAUUAUGUCAUCUUCGAUCAAAAACAGAUAAUAAACUUCGAUUAUUAUCAAUUUCUAUGCCAAAGUUUGCCAAUGAUAUGAUCGAAUAUUUAACUAAAAUAAUUAAAGAAAAGAAAUUACUUAAUGAUUUUAUUAUUGAACAAGUUAAAAAUGAUGUUUAUAUAAAAUGGAUAUGA